AUGUUUUCACUCAGAAAAGAACGAACGAGUUUAUUACAAGAGGAUUUCUCUUAUAUUAGAGAUGAUAUAGACAAUAACCCUGAUAAGAAUGUGGACAGAAUAUUUGGGCCACACGGAAAUGUUUACAGAUUGCUGAGCACUGAGAAGGAAGUUGCAAAGGAAAUGACUGUUGAUUUGCUGACAUCUGAUCAACUUGAUAAGCUACUUGAUAAGCUAGAUGAGCUUAAAAGGAUAAAUCAUCCUAAUUUAGCGAGGAUUAUAAUGUUCGGCACAAAUUCAAAGCUUCUCCUCAUCAAAAUACCAGCGUAUACCAAUUCACUUCACAAUGAGAUGCGCAAGCGCCAGAGAGAUAAACGAGAACUUCCCUUACAAGAGGCAUUGGGCAUACUUCGGCAAGUCGGUAAAGCAUUAGAGCACCUUCAUACCUUAAAUAAUGGAGGCUCUCCUACUCCCCAUUAUAACCUAAAGCCGAGCAAUAUCAUGUUUAAUUCUUCAAAAGAGCAAGUGAUCGUCACUGACUUUGGGAUUCAUUGCAGGUACUGGAAAACCGCUGCUAUUAGCAGUACUAAGGAAUCACAGUACGUGGCUCCAGAGGUGGAUAUGGACAGUGGUGGUGAAGCGUACACCUUUUCUUCAGAUAUGUGGAGCCUAGGGGUCAUUGCAUAUGAGCUACUAACUGGGAAGUUGUUCCAUAAAGAGUCAUACAACAUCAGCGAUCUAUCGAAUCUCUGCAACCAAAGACUCAUGACCCUCAUUGAGUCCCUUCUUGACAAAGAUCCAGCAAAAAGACCAACGGCGAAACAGUUUCUAGCAUUGUUGGAUAAUUCAUGUCUUUCACCAUCGUAUGAUGGAAUCGACUCUAUCUUGGCCUCUUUUAAACAAGAGCUCCACGCUCUUCGAGAGGAAGUGGCUUUCUUAAAAGAGGAAAACCGUAUCUCUGCCGAAGAAAGAGCCAGGCUAGAAAAAAGGUUAAGUGAUCUAGAAGCACGUUCCAAAGGUGAAUGA